AUGGCAAGGUGCUCUUGGAUAAUAUUCUUCCUUCUCUCUGCCCUUUUCCUUCAGACUGAGCAGGCAGUAUUUAUAUCAGCUGAUGAUGCAAACAGUGUUAUCAAGAGACAGAGACGUGCCGGUACCCUACUUCUGGAAGAGGUCCUUCAAGGCAGUUUGGAAAGAGAAUGCCUAGAAGAGAGAUGUACACAUGAAGAAGCAAGAGAAGUAUUUGAAAAUGAUGAAAUGCUCAAAAUGUUUUGGGAUAUCUACUAUGGUGGCAGGAGGUGCUCCUCCAGCCCUUGCCAACACAACGGGGUGUGUGAGGACAGCAUCCGUGGCUACACCUGCACCUGUGCCGAGGGCUAUGAGGGAGAGAACUGUGCUUUUGCUAAAAAUGAGUGUCACCACCAAGCAAAGGUAGGAUGUGAUCACUUCUGCUAUCCAGGGAGUAAUUCCUACCGCUGUUCCUGUGCUGAUGGCUAUGAGCUUGGGAAGGAUGAAAAACAGUGCAUCGCAUUAGAUGCAUGUGCAUGUGGCAGACUUCAAGACAGUGAUAACCUUAUAAGUGAAACCAGGAAGAAAAGUGAUGAGCGAUUUCCUUGGCAGGCACUGCUGCUGAACUCAGAAGGGAAAGGCUUCUGUGGAGGAGUGUUGCUAAAAAGUAACUUCGUGUUGACCACAGCAGAGUGUGCCCUUCUGCACAGCCACUUUCAGAUCAGAGUCGGUGCUGGGCCUAAUGGAACAAGUGGCACCGGGAAGACAAUGCAGGUUAGUGAGAAGCACAUACACAUCCGCUAUGACGAAGACACUGGUGAGAACAACAUUGCAUUACUACAACUUCAGGAGCAUGCCGAGUGUGACAACUACCACCUCCCUGUGUGCACCCCUGAGAGAGACUUUGCAGAACACGUCCUAAUUCCCAAACUGGCUGGUACAGUCAGUGGCUGGAGAAUGGAAGGUGAUGAACUUCAAGGCGAAGAGCUGCAGGUUUCAUACCUUCCUGCUGAGGACUGCAAACAAAUACUCAACAUCAGCCUCACCAACAGGCAGUUCUGCGGGCACCUCCAGGAGCCUGUGCACAAACGCCUGGCUGGAGGGAGCUUCCUGGUUACUGAGUACAAGGGCACGUGGUUUCUGACUGGAAUCCUGGGAUCCUGGCCCCUAGAAGACACUGACUGGGAAACACUGCUUUUCACCAACACUGCAAGGUAUAUGGUAUGGGUUAAACAAAAAAUAAAGUAA